AGUGGUCACAGCACUAACAUCCCAACACCUCCUAUAAAUCUUAUGGUUCACCCACGAACACGCCCCAAAUUGACCACCAAACGAAUUCGCGAACAACAAACUUUUUGCAAUUUUUGGCUGGGAGGAAAUUGGUCUGAGCAGCAGCACGUAGAAUUUUCACCAGUGAAAAAAGUAUAGCUCAAGUACACUUCCAAAACUAAACACAUUACUUGAAGAAAUCGUUAACUAGAUUAAAAGAAGUAACAAUGCCUGUAUGUACACACCAGGAUAGAGAGUCAUUAGAGAAGAGUUAUCAUCAUAAUCCAACGAGAGAAUCUCAAAAAUCAUUCAAAACCAAACAAAAAUUAGCUAAAGCUGCUAACCAAAAUCGUCCAUUACCACAAUGGAUCAGAUUAAGAACCGACAACAAAAUUAGAUACAAUGCUAAAAGACGUCACUGGAGACGUACUAAAUUAAACAUCUAA